GCGGAGCUCAUGCAGGCGCAGGGGCCGUACUGCUCCAUCUCCGCCUUUGACCGCGCGGACGACUACGACACGUACGCCGUCUGCGUCGCGUACGUGUACGUCCACCCCGAGGGGAAACCCCUCUCCUCGAACGGGCGCCUCUUCCGCAACGGCGACAUCCUCCGCGCGGGCGAGCAGCUGCCGACGCAGCAGGUGCUCGCGCACUGCCAGCCGAUCCUCAAGAAGGUCGACGGCUGGCGCGAGACGCCGAUCUUCGCGCGCUCCGAGUGGUGGCUCGCGCAGCAGCACCCGGUGGCGCUUCCCGAGAAUGUGUGCAAGCUGCUCGACAUCAUCGAGCACUUCACCAAGACGGUGAUCCUCUCGAUCGGCAACGGCCCGCGCGGCGACGAGAUCAUCUACCUGCGCCGCCUCGCCACCCGCGCGUGGGCGACCCCGUCCAAGGCGAGCCGCCGGCCGAGCGCGUCGCUCGAGGAGGCGCUGAGAAGUCGCGCCUAGCUGCUCUCCUCCGCUCCUCGUUCGGCGGCUCGCCGAGCUCAGGAAGCUCGCCCCGACUCUGCGGACCAGCUGGCAGAUGGCGGGGAGAGCGCGUAGGCGGGGCUCGACAUCUAAGGUCGCCAGUAGUGGCCGGCCCUUUUCUACGGCUUUUGGGGCCCUGUUGUUUGCACCGUGGGGAGAGUCGCAAUGGGGAGGGAGGAAAAUCUGCUCCUUUCUCUGAGUAUUAUGUAUUGUAUUGCAUGUCUCGGUUGUCGCGCGUCUGGGAGAGGUGCGUCGUGCGUGCUGGACCUUCGCCUUCGGCGCGCGGCGUUCACGCUUUUUGUGUGUUUACUGCUCGGUCCGG